AUGGACAUCUUGAUAUUCAAGAAAUCAGAAAAUCAAGGUUUUGAUUACACCUACGACCCUAUUGGCACGUACUCUGGCACCAAUGCAGUGAAAAGCGUCCAUAGUCUUGUGAAGACCCAUCGUAAUCUUGUUGAAAUCUCUGGUAUUCUUGGUAAAAUUCUUCGGAAACCAGUGGAAAUGCAUCUCAAUGUUGGUGAAAUCCAGCGCGAUCUGAUUGUGUUCCAUCGAAAUCUAUCGUACUCAAACUGA